AAACACUGCAUGCUUCCUACAGGAGAGAGAGAGAGAGUGAACUGUCAUCAAACAUGUCAUCAAGCAUGUCCUCUGCGGCAGCUCCUGGGACCUGGCGUCGCCCAUGGCACCUUCCGAAAGCAUAAAGAAAGCAGAGGGGUUGACGAUGAUGAGAUCCGAGGCCCCAAAAGUCAAGCACCAGUCUGUCGCUUGGGGCCUCGCCUUUCCAUCGCCAUCAUUCUCUCUCUCUCUCUCUCUCUCUCUCUCUCUGUGAUCAGCAAAGAUUUCAACCCAGUUGGGUCAGUCAUCAUGACGCGGCAAACCUCCUUUCAAAAGCACACCGCAGGCUCGUAGGACUUCUGAAUCGAGCUGCAACGCCUUUUCUCUCUCCAAACAGUAGAACCCACCAAGGCAAAUUAGUCGCUCCACCGAAGAAAAAAAAGGAGGAAGAAGAAGGAAGAAGAAAGGAGGACAGAAUUGCGUUGUGCAGCUGGUUUGCGGCUUACGCGAUCUUUCCCUUUUUUGUUCUUCUUCUUCUCUUUGAAGAGAACUGAGAAGGGAAAGAUUUCAUAACCGAGCCUUUCUCAAGCAGAGAGUCCAUGGAGUCGAACGGAGCGAGCCCAUCAAUGCGUUCCCCGGUGGCGGUCUCCGCUUACUUCGCUCUCCCUCUGCUCGCGCUCUCCUCGCUCUUCUUCCCUCUCACCGCCUCCGACCCUCGGAUCGCCGUAGCGGGCCUCCUCUGCGGGAAGACCAAUGGGACCGCCAUCCCGACGUUCACCGCCGUCAUGAGGGAGAUCUUGGAUAGCGUAACCGACGGGCGCUGGGGCAACUACUCCCUCGCCUCGCCGCCGACGGCGGUAUACGGCCUCGCCCAGUGCCACGGCGACCUGAUCGAGACCGACUGCCUCCUCUGCUUCGCCGAGAGCCGGACCCGGAUCCCCCGGUGCCUCCCCAGCUUCGGCCGGCUCUACCUCGACGGCUGCUUCCUCCGUUACGACGGCUACGACUUCUACAACGAGACCGUGGAUCCGACGCACGACAUGCUCAACUGUAGCUCCAAUUCGACAGUCCCGGCGGAGAGAGCGGCCGAGUUCUCGAAAAGGGUGGACCAGGUGCUGAGGAAUGUCUCAGCCAGCGCGGUGCAGAACGGGGGCUUCGCAGUGGCCGGGGAGGACGGAGCUAAAGGAGCCACCGGGGUAUAUGCUUUGGCCCAGUGUUGGAGCACGCUCGAUGCCGGCGGCUGCAGAGUCUGUCUGGAGAAUGCGGUAUCGAAGGCGAGAAACUGCACGCCCGCAGGAGAAGCGCGGGCCAUGAAUGCGGGAUGCUUCCUCCGUUACUCCACCACGAAGUUCUACAGCGUCCCCGUCAGCGGAGGGCCGUCCAGGGUCCGCAUCACUGUAGCGAUAGCCUCAUCGGCUGCUGCGGCGAUUUCUCUCGUUCUCAUCGGCACAUACAUUGGAUACAAAAAGUACUCCAAGGAGAAACUAGUGCGGCAUAGCCUCAUGAGACUACCGGCAAGCGUCAGAAAGUCUAGCUUGUAUUUCAAGUACGAGACGCUGGAGAAGGCCACCGACUUCUUCCAUGACUCGAGGAAGCUAGGGCAAGGGGGGGCCGGUUCCGUGUACAAGGGGAUACUACCUGACGGGAAGGUGGUCGCAGUGAAGCGGCUGGUGUUCAACACGCGCCAGUGGGUGGAUGACUUCUUCAACGAGGUGAACCUGAUCAACGGGAUCCAACACAAAAACCUCGUCCGGCUUUUGGGAUGCAGCAUCGAGGGCCCGGAGAGCCUCCUUGUCUACGAAUAUAUUCCUAACAGGAGUCUGGAUCAAGUUCUUUUCGUAAACGAUGCAACCCAUGUCCUGACUUGGGAGGAGAGGCUGCGCAUCAUCACAGGAACAGCCGAGGGCCUUGCGUAUCUUCACGGGGGCUGCGGAGUGAAGAUCAUCCACCGUGACAUAAAAUCCAGCAACAUCCUCCUCGACGAGAAUCUAAUGGCGAAAAUUGCGGAUUUUGGGCUCGCCCGAUGCAUUGCUCCGGAUAAGUCUCACCUCAGCACGGGAAUCGCCGGCACACUUGGUUACAUGGCGCCCGAAUAUCUUGUGAGAGGACAGCUAACGGAGAAAGCCGAUGUUUAUGCUUUCGGGGUGCUGGUUCUUGAAAUCUUGAGCGGUAGGAAGAGCAGCAUAUUCGCACAGGGGUCAGACUCGGUAUUACAGUCGGUAUGGAAGCAUUACAAGUCGAACAAUUUAGCCGCAUGCGUCGAUCCGGCCCUACGAGGCAAAUUCCCCGUCCAGGAGGCGUCGGACGUGCUCCAGAUCAGCCUCCUGUGCACGCAAGCCUCCAUGGAACUGCGACCGACCAUGUCCGGGGUUGUCGAGAUGCUCCGCAAAAGGGACCAUGCCGUCCCAGAGCCAAAGCAGCCCCCGUUCCUCAACGCCAGCGUGCUGUCCGACGAGUCCAGCACCAGAAGCUCAUACACGCACACAUGGCUGUCGAACCAGCUCAUGGUGUCCGAGGUCUCUUCCAGCAUGACGGGGAGCCCGCGGACGAACAGCCGCUACGCGGUCAAAGCAUCCGAGCUUAGAUAGAAUCGGGUUUAGCUCUUUGUACAGGCACGUGGUGAAAAUCCAUUCUUCAUUCUACGACCACCCAACGUUGUCGCAUUCGAUUCAUUGUUGUUGGAAGCACUUUAAAUUGCCAAGAAUGUCUUCGGCUUUCUCCGGUCGUAGUUGCAGACCACCUUUUUGCGCAUAGAAAAAGCACGUUGCAGAAUUCCUCGUUUCAAACUUUGCUGCGUUGACCCUUUUUCGAAUUGGGAUCUUCCUUCCUUCCCAGUAAGUCCAAACGCUUGCAGACGAUGGGCCCCGUGGAAAAAUGUUCGAUCAGCGACCUUUCAGACCAGUACAGAGUUUGACCAAAAAAAAAAAAAGGACCAGUACAGAGACAGAGAUG